AUGGGAAAGAUAUUACAAAGAUGGUCUUCACAAGACGACAGGGAUCGGGCUGGUUGUGUAUGGGGUUUGAUUAAUAUAUUUGACUUCCGCCAUGGUCGAUCCACCAGAAAACUGCUCGGAGAUAGAAGGCGAGUGAGCAAGUUAGCCGUUGGAUCGUCCCGACUUUACACACGUCCCACCGGAAAAUGUCAAGAUUUUGAGGAUGGUGAAGAAAGUAAGAUGGUAGAGUCUGAGGUUGUCAAGACAAGUGUAAAGGAACUUAUGAAAGAAGAGAUAUUCAACGGCCAAAAGAACCAGGGGAGUGAGUUUGAAAUAAAUUUUCCGCAAAUUGAUUCAGAAUAUAUACCCCAUAUAAAAAAGAAUCAUAAGCAAAGAAACAGAAUUUACAAGACACCUAGUGGUGAUAUGGAUGCUUCUGAGUUGUAUACAGCAAAAUGCUUGACAUCUGAAAACUUUCAUAAAGUUCCAGAGCAAAAGCCUUCGGAUACGUAUGAUAUGGAAUUUAUAAUAAACGAGUUGUCCUGGAUUCAUCAGAAAAUUAAAAGCUGUGUGAAGCAUGAUCUUCAUAAUGACCUUGACAUGCCAUCUGGUCUGGAGUUCUCGAUUGUUGAAGCAAAAUUAGUUGAAGCAACGAAGGUGUUUAUAGAACACAGGUUGAGUAAUGAUAAACAUUAUGGGGAAGAAGGGAAAAUCAAUUGUUCCAAAGAAUUGAUGGAUGCCCUGCAAACAUUGAGUUCGAAUAAGGCCUUGUUCUUGAAACUACUGCAAGAUCCCAACUCUGCACUGGUGAAGCAAAUUCAGAAAUUGGAGGAUGCGCAAUUAAAGAAAGUUCAGAUACUUGGUUCUCUGGCGGGAUCCAAUUUGUCAGAAGGGAAACUAAACAGUUCAAAAUCUGAUGAUCUAGUUAAUGGUAGACACCGAAAAUUCUUCCGCAGUAGGCGAAAAUUUCUGGAAAGCUACCCCUUGGGAGGAAAUAAGAACUGUCAAGCUUCAAGUAAAAUUGUCAUCUUGAAGCCUGCAUCAGUAGUAUUACAAAACCUUCAUACUGAUGUCGAUCAAUCGAAUUACACCAUGGAUAAUAAAGUGCGGGAUGAGAGAAGUACAUCCCAGUUCUCUUUCACCGAAAUUAGAAGAAAGUUGAGGCAUGCAGUGGGAAAGGAAAAACAGGGAAUCUCUCCUGAUGGGCUGAUCCUUAAAUUAUCAUCAAGGCACCAAAAUGGAAAUGAAAGCUCCGGUAGAGAAAAUGUCUACUGGAGUUCUCCAAAUAGGGACCAUUUCUAUACUGAAAGAUUUGGAAAAUCUUUCACUGGCUGUAAGAGGAGUGAACAUGUUGGGAAAUCAAAAGAUCAUUGCUCGGUAAUGAUGAAUGAAACCUCUCAAAAUCCUGGGAAAGGGGUGUCUAACAUCUAUGUCGAAGCAAAGAAACAUCUUUCUGAGAUGCUGAACAAUGGGGAUAAUCAUGCAGAGCCAGUGAGCUGGCACUUACAUAAAUCCCUGGGUAGGAUUCUCUCUCUCCCUGAGUAUAAUGAUUCUCCUUGUUGCAGUCCCAGGAAAUACAAUGAUGACAUAAUCAUAACUGCCCAGACGAGGUUAUCUCCUCUUGGCAUCAUUAAUGACACGAAUCAUCUUGUGCAAGAAAACCAUGACGGUCCUCCGAGUCCAUCUAGGAGUCAACCUCAUAGCAGUAGUGACAAUCCCAGAGAGAAAGUACCAUCUCUUAAUAAAAUUACUCCUUGUGAAGAUAAUGAAGAUUAUUCUGGAGAAUCACAAUGCUAUAUUGAUGGUGUCGUAAAUGCUGAAGUUCCCAGUUCGUCUUCAAGAUUUGUGGUGAUAGAAGACAAAACUGACUUAAGGCAUGAGGAAGAAGAAACAAGUACAAUAAUUUCUUCUGUAUCGACUAUCAUUUCAAUCGCUGGAGAGAGCCAGAAUGGUUCUAUUGAUGAAGUAGAUGAUGGAGCAAAUUCUUUCCAAUGCUUGGAAUCGGAUUCAAUUGGAAGGGAUAGCUUAUUUUUGUCUCCAACAUUCUGUCCCCUGGAUGUUGAAAAUCCUGAGAAUAUAAUUGAUAAAAUAGAUGGACCAAGUCCCAUAUCCGUUCUUGAGCCAUUAUUCGCCGAAAAUGAUAUCAGUCCUCUGAGCACCAUGCCUCGACAAGAUGAAAAGGAAAUUCAACCGCAGCAAAUACAUUUUGAAGAACAAUCUUCUGCUAGCGACCAAGGAAUUUGUUUAAUAACUUCUAUUGAGGACAAGGAAUCUGCAUAUGAAUACGUGGAAGCUGUCUUGUUUGGGUCUGGAUUGAACUGGGAUGAUUAUCUUCUGAGGUGGCUUUCUUUGUACAAAAUUCUUGAUCCGUUGUUGUUUGAUGAAGUUGAGUUAUUUCCUAGUCAAUCUUGUCAUGACCAAAAGCUCCUCUUCGAUUGUACUAAUCAAGUUCUGGAGGAGAUGUGUGAGAGUUAUUUUGGAUGCUUUACCGGGAUAUCAUUAAUUAAUCAAAAUAUUCGGCCAGUCCCUAAGAGGAUGGAUCUUAUUCAAGAGGUAUGGAAACGAGUCGAGGGGUAUCUCUUUCAGCGUUUCCCGCCCCAUUCUGUGGUUCAGUUUAUCAAGAAAGACAUGGCAUCUGGAAAAUGGAUGAACAUUAGAGUAGAUAUUGAGCAUAUUGGUAUUGAAAUGGAGGAAACCAUUUUUGAUGAAUUGGUUGACGAUACCAUACUGAGCUUUGCAGAUUACAUUUCAAGCAUCGACGCACCAGUCUCAUUACCCGGAAGAUCAGAUGUAGUUAGAAUUUCUUAUGACAGAUGA